AUGAGCAACACCAAGAAGAAAUCCAGCUCGAGUGAGAAGAAGCCCAAGCCCACCUCAUCCUCACAGCCGGCCACCAAAGCCAAACCGGCUGCCCCUCAAACCCUGCCUCCUGGAAUAAAAGAGAAGAUUGACAAGAAGUCUGACGAGAAGAAGGCAACUGAUAAAAAGCCGACCGAUAAGAAAUCUACCGACAAGCCAAAAUUAGCCGACAAGAAGAAAACCGACGCAAAGCCUUCUCCCGCCAAGGAAAAAGCCGAGACAACCCAAAAACUUUCGAAGACGGCCAAAUCAUCUACGAAGGAUGACAAACCAAAACCCGCCGCCGCCACCACCUCUGCCGAGAAGUCAACUCCCCAGAAGCCUGAUUCGAAGCAACCCGUCAAAGCCAAACCCAGCGAGUCGAAGAAGACUGCCCCUACUCCGCCUAAGAAAUCUGGUUCUAGCUCGGACUCUUCAAGCGACGAGGAUGACUCCGAGCCCGCCAAAGAGAAAUCCAAAGCUUCUGCCGUCAAGUCAGUCAAACCGGCGGCCAAGCCCACCAAGUCGGCAAGCGACAGUGAAAGCGGCUCCGAAAGUGACAGUGAAGCCCCUAAGAAACCCGCUGCUGCCCCCACGAAGCCCGCCACAAGCACACCCGCCAAGUCCAAAGCCGCUGAGCCAUCAUCUGACGAGUCCGAAGAUUUUUCUGAUGAUGAGCCAGCCAAGCCCGCAACUGCUAAGGCCCCAGCCGCAAAAGCGAGGCCCGCCAAAGCUGCACCCGCCAAGGCCGUGCCCGCAAAAGCUGCAUCAAAGCCACAGGCCAACGGUAAAGCAGCUGCACCAGUUGCCUCUUCUGAUAGCACUUCUGAUGAUGAGGACAGCUCAGAUGUCGGAGAUGAUUCCUCAGACUCGUCGGAAUCUGAUGAGGAUGAAGUUCCCACGCCAUCAACCACCGAUGCCCUGCCCGCUUCUAAUGACAAGAAGCGUAAGAACGAAGGCCCUAACCCAACUCCAAAGAAAGCCAAAGCUGAAGAAGAGGGGAUCAAGAGCGUUUACGUUGGGGGAUUAUCGUGGAAUGUUGAUAAUGAGUGGCUCAAGAGCGAGUUUGAAUCUUGUGGCACAAUCCUCGAUGCGCGUGUCAUUGUUGACCGAAUGACUCAAAAGAGUAAAGGGUUUGGCUACAUCGACUUUGAAACCAGUGAAGCUGCAAAGAAGGCAGUGGAAACCAAGAGCGGGGUUGAACUUGAUGGCCGAACACUCAAGGUGGACCUAUCAACACCCAAGCCGGAGCGUGCUCCGACAGAUAAGCGAGACUUCUCCAAGGAAGAGCUCUCGGAACCCUCGUCGACUCUCUUUAUUGGCAAUCUGCCUUUCUCGGCCACCCAAGAUGCGGUGUGGGAGAUCUUUGCCGAAUUCGGGGACGUGAACUCGGUCCGACUACCAACUGACCCAGAAACCCAACAGAUCAAAGGGUUCGGAUACGUCGAAUAUGCCACUGUGGAUUCGGCCAAGGCCGCUAUUGAGAAAGGUCGUGGCGAGGGGGUUUACGUCGAUAACCGUCAAGCGCGACUUGACUUUAGUCAACCGCGAUCCAACAAUGACCGAGGAGGUGGUGGUCGAGGUGGUGGCGGCGGGUUUGGUGGUCGAGGUGGUGGUGGCCGCGGUGGAGGCCGAGGCGGGUUUGGCGACCGAGGUGGCAGAGGCGGGUUUGGUGACCGUGGACGUGGCGGAGGCAGAGGCAGAGGGUUCGGAGGAGACCGUGGGGGAGGUAGAGGCCGUGGUGGCGGUGGAAGGGGUCGGGGUGGUGGUGACUCUGGCUGGGGCAGUCGGGAUAAAGUCAAUGGCAGCGUGGUCGAAUCGGCCGGAACGAAGAAAAAGUUUGACUAG